GCUGCGCGCCGGGUCAGUCCAGAGGCUGUGGGCUGCGGGAUGGCGCACGGGGAGAGCGAGGCGGCGGCCGCCAGUCCCCCGGCCCCCGGGCCCGGCCCGGUGUCCUUCGGCUUCAGCCGCACGGCCGGCCGGAGGCGGCUGGCGGAAGGCCGCGAGGAGCAGCCGGAGGAGGAGAAGGACUUCGUGCGGGCCGUGGAAGGGCGGGAGCUGCGCAGCGUGCGGCCGCCCGAGGAGGCGCCCCGGGAGCUGGUGAUCCCCCUGCUGCGGCGAGGUCACGGUCGGGGGGCGGCCCCGGGCCCGGCAGCGCUGCCCGAGGACGGCGUGCUCCGCCAGGCCGUGCAGGAGUUGAUCGAGGAGUCCAAGCGGGCCGUGCAGGGCCCGGGCGCCGAGGCUUCAGAGUCAUCCGUGGCCAUCCCGCUACUGGCCCGGGUGGGCGACGCGGGCGAGGCCCCCGAGUCGGUGGGCGCGGACUACGAGGCGGUGCCCGUGGAGGCCUAUGGGCUGGCAAUGCUCCGGGGCAUGGGCUGGAAGCCGGGGGAGGGCAUCGGCCGCACCUUCAAGCAGGUGGUGAAGCCCCGGGAGAACCCCCUGCGUCCCAAGGGGUUGGGGCUGGGGGCCAGCCUGGCCCUGCCUUCGGGCCCCCCGGGGCACAGCCAGCCCGGGAGCCGCGAGGACCGCGAGGAGCCGGCGGGCCUGGCCCCCGGGAGGGCUGUGCUGGUGCUGUCUGGCCCGCACCGAGGCCUCUACGGACACGUGCAGGGGCUGGACCCUGACAACGCCCGGGCCGUGGUGAAGCUGGUCCCCGCCGGCCUCGUGGCCACCUUGAGCGAGCACGUGCUGAGGCCAGUGAGCGACCACGAGUACGAGAGGCGGGCACGGAGUGGGGACCCCAAGCCGGGCCAUGGAGGGGCCACCGAGAAGAGGAAGGGGCUGAAGAGGAAGCAGCCCCCCGCCGAGGAGGAGCGGGCCCCACACUGGCUGCGCAGGGACCUCCGGGUGCGCUUCGUGGACAAACGGCACCACAAGGGCCGCUACUACAACACCAAGAUGACCAUUGAGGACGUCCUGAGCCCGGACACCUGUGUGUGCAGGACAGACGAGGGCCGGCUCCUGGAGGGGCUGCGAGAGGACAUGCUGGAGACCCUGAUCCCCAAGGAGGAGGAGGCCAGGGUCAUGGUGGUGUUGGGGCCUCACAGGGGCCAGCUGGGCCGGCUUCUAGGCAGGGACAAGGAGAAGAGCCGGGCCUUAGUGCAGCUGCUGCAGGAAGAGGGUGAGGGCACUGUCCUGCAGCUGGACUACGAUGCCGUUUGCCACUAUGUGGGGCCUGUGACCGAGGACUGAAGCAUCCCCUUCCAUCUAGUGACCCUGUAAUGAUUCCAUAUCUGUGUCUUCUGGUGUGACUGAGAGUGGUGAUACAGCCCAAGACUGGACAGAGGAACCUCUGGGUCUGUGUCUAACUGUGCCUUCAGGCCAUCUUAGCAGAGCCCCCAGUGCCCAUCAUCAUGCCUUUGCCUUUUGGGGCAGGGGCACAGAGGACAAGGGGAAGUCACAGGGCCAUGCCUGCCUGCCUUCCCUUGGUUAGUGUUCCUUGUCUAAAUAAAACUGCGUUUUCCAA